UAACAAGUAGUGCAGUGUGUCAAGCCCGAGUUUGUAUAGGUUUUCUGAUUCAUUCUGCGUGAUGAAAUUGGCGUGGUUGACCAGACUGUCAGAGUAGCUGGCUCGCUAACGUUAGCUAGCUUAUUAGCAUGGCCAUGAGAAACGUUUACCCAUUGGCGUUUACACACUCCUGUUAUGCGUAGCUGAGACAUAAAUCCGAGUUAAAUUGGCCGUGUAGCCUAGCCAAUCCUGCCUGACUACGUAGUAAGGGAAUAGUAGUAAGGGAAUAACGUAAGUUGUUUGAAACACCUGAUGUGUCAACAUGUACGUCGCCGAUACCGUCCGAUCAUGCAAAACUCUCCGCUCUUCCACUACCUGCAUGAUCUAGGACACACAGACUUUGAGUCAUGUCCCACAGUGUCUCAGGAGGACGAAUGUGGAGGAGGAGAGGUGACUACGACCUCCCUCCAGGACAGCUUGUCCAAACCCACAGGAGGACGUCUACGGAGAUUGGCUGAUGCCUUGUGGAGGCGGAGCCCGUUCCACCAGGCUGCCUCGGCCCAUAUGCUGGAGCAGCAGCUGGACUGUGUGUUUGGCCAGUACGCGGUGCGGUGUAUCCUGGACCAGGAUGUGUUGCUCCAGGAGGAUGUGGAGCUGAUCGAGCUGUUAGACCCCAGCCUGCUCACCCUGGGCGCCUCACCCUCCGGCUCACCCAGACGAGACAACUCCCUGCCCUGCCCGCGCCUCCUCGCCUCACCCUCGCAGUGGGACGUAUCAGUGCUGGUGGGCCUGGCUGCAGUGUUACUAGGCCUGUCCUCUCUCUCUGCCGGGGCCUGGUCUCUGGCUGUGAUCCCGUGGUGUGCUGCAGUCAUGGGCUGGGUGGGUCUGCGAGGGGCGGGGCUGUUGAGACAGGGGAGGAUGCAGAGAGCAGCACACACCCAGGCCUCCGAGCUGCAGACCAUGGCGCUGAACAGUAAGGCUCUGACCAGCCUGGCCCGCAAGUCCCUGAGACUACUACAGGAGACAGAGGUCAUCUCUCGAGGGUUCACCCUUCUGCUCGACAGGGUGAGUGCGGCCGGCUCCUUUAGUAGGGCGGGGCUGGGGCCACGGGGGCAGCAGCUGAUUGGCCUGCGGAAGGCGGUGUACCGGGCACUCCGCUCGGCCUUCAGAGCCUCCCGCCGAGCCACCUGCCACAUGCUCAAAGCGUACCCCCUGAACUCUGAGAUCGACAAUGUGACCAACUACGUGUCUGCGGUGCCUCUGAAGGAGCUGGGGAUGGGCCUGGGGACAGAGCACCUGACUGACGAGGAGGCACAGGAGCUCACCGAUGACUACAGCCUCCCUGCCCUCAAGGUGCUGUUCCAGUUGUGGGUGGGGCAGAGCUCAGAAUGUUUCCGCCGAUUGGCCCUGCUGCUGUCACCACGACGACUGGAGGAGCCCAGGGAAGAUUGGGUCAAAGGUGGAACCCCUCCUCUGCCCAUACACCGCUCUGUUGCCACGGUGACACAGCCUCUCCACGGUGCCCUGGCUGGUUGCCUGGGCGACAUGCAGCGUAGCUACGAGUUCCACCGGUACUUUGAGAAGCAGCGCCAGACGCAGGGCUCGGACAGGGUGGGGCGCGCUCAGCAGAAAUGCAGAGAGCUCAACACACUGCACACGUCUGUACGCAGCCUGCAGCUGCAUCUCAGGGCCCUGCUCAACGAGAUGAUUAUCCUGGAGGAUGACCUGGAGAAGCUGAUGGUGACGAAGGAGGCGGUGGAGGUGACUGUGGAGGGCUACCAGGACCUCCAGGAGCGUCUCGGCCACCUGCAGCCCCACAUGCAGGCCAGCGCCGGAUGCUGGGAGGACACUGUGGGCCAAGUGGAACGCAUGCUGAGGAGAGCUAACACCUGCCCAGGAACUCCUGAUGGUCCAAAGCAGUGUCUCCCUCCUGUGCCAUGCACCCCUGCCCCAACCUACACCCUCAUCCUGGACAGGGACCCUGUGCCUGAGGAGCAGGAACUGGAAGCGUACGUGUCAGACUCUGAGGAUGAGAAUGGGUGGGCGGGGUCGGUGGUUGACAUGCUGUCUCCCGAGGAACGAGAGCGCCACCGGCGGGAGAGGGAGGAGUCUCGGCGCGUCCUAUCGGAGCUCAAAGCUGUGCUGGGCCAGCGGGCAUCCGAGGGCGAGAGGAGGAAGUGGAAACAGCUGCUCUUCAACGACCAAGCGGCGGUGAUGCCUAUAGUUUCCGCGGAAACUUCUAUAGAAUCUCAGACACCCUCCGACUCAUUGGACACUCUGACACUUGUGGGCGUGGCCAAACCAGGUGUUGUUGAGGGAAACAACCUAUCGGAAAGGCUGAACGACGAGGAGGAGGAAGACUGGGUCCGGGACGAGCGCCCCCUCACAGAGGCAGAGGAAAAAGCACUUACAGAGUUCUGCUGUGGUGAGGCGGAGGUAAAGGGGGAGGAGGGUGAAGGUUCAGUCCCGGGCGGGGCGCAACUCUACCAAUAUGACGGGCUGCCGGACCAGGGGGCAGGACUAAACGGGCCCGACCUUCUAUUGCAGCCCCGGAUCCCUGCCAUCACGGUGAUGGACAGGCUGACGGAACUACACGGCUCGGCGGCGCUCAGCUUUAAUUCCGCCCUCGCCGCCCAAGUGGCGGCACGUUCGCACACUUUCGCCAACAUGGAGGAGCAGACGUUUGGAGACAGCGGAGAAGAAGAUGAGGGAGAGAAGCGUUCGCUGCCUGAUGGACAGACAUGUGAGAAGGACUAGAGUCUAAACCCUCCUGCUUUACGGAGCUUUGAACAGAACAGUUAUGGACAGACAGCCAGGGUUCCUGUAUUUAUGUCUGAACCCACUCCUGGAUCCGUUUCCUUGGAUCCAUGGCUCUCUGUCAUGUCUUCAUCUGUGUGUGUGUGUGUGUGCAUGAUUGGGUGAGAGAGCAUUGUGUGUAUGUGACGUCUGAGUGAGUUUUAAGAAGAGCACUACACUACACCACUUUCUGUUACACUCCUCCAUCCAUGUGUCCAUACUUUACCCACAAUCCCCCUGUGGCCGCUCUCCUGUGCUACUCAGGUACCAGAACCACAAGACAAACUCUGACCUCACCGUCACAAGGUCUUCAGUUUAACCCUAAGGAUCCCCUGUAGCUAUCGGAGGCAGAGAGACUUGGUUAUAGCAUCAAUUACAUUGUCUCUAACUAUUGACCAGUACCUUUCUGUGGUAUGUCAACAUUGUCUAACAGUUUAGCAUAUUGAUGUCUCAGUCAAAAAGCCUAAUUAGCUAAAUGAUUAUUAUACAUUUUACCACAUCACUCCCUAUAUGACUCCUGUAUUGACAGGCAGAGUCUGAUGCGUGGUUGCUCUAUUGAACGUCCCCAGGGCAGAAUGCUCAGGUACUGAAUCACUGACCGAGGGCUGAAUGUAAGAUGUUACUAUACACACGCCACACUGUAAAAGGAGAAGGAGAGGUACAUUUCAAAGACAGCAGAGCAAUGCUAUUUUUUUGACCAUUGUUUUAUUUCUGGUCUGCCUCUCUGAGUCUGCACUUCUACACACUCCCCGCCUCACUAGGAAUGGCCCUGUAACUGCAAAGAUGUGUUGGCUAAAACAUCUGUCACUCAACCCACAGCAACCAAUGAGCAGACGGAGACGUCGGAGAGAAGGGUGGACAUAGUUGACCUUGUAAAAUGGACUAGCCUACCAGAUUUGGAAAUAUUUUUACAUAUUGUGUGUUUUUAUUUGAGAGAUGAAUAUGGUCAGGCAGUGGAUUGCUGUGAAAUGAAAUUCAUCCCCAUCCACUAAUGAACCAAACACAUUCACAGUGCUUAUUUCCCCAAUGGUCUUGUCAAGUGCUCAUCUAAUGAUACAGGAUCAAUGAAGAGGCGAUGAGGGGAUGACAACUGGGUGAUUAUUGAGGGAAAGUGUUGUACUACCUCAUGCCACCCCUACUGCACCUACUAUGAAAUCUGUUCCCCGGGUGUCUAACUCCCCAUCUACUACAUGUAUCUCAGAUCUGAAUGGUCUGCUGUGUCAGAACCUUUUGGUUCUGUCUUGUACAUCUGAAAAUGUUUCCAUGGAGAUUGUACCACUGUAUCUGGGGCAGCAGGUAACCUAGUGGUUAGAGCGUUGGGUUACUGGAUCGAAUCCCUGAGCUGACGAGAUAACAUCUGUCGUUCUGCCCCUGAAGAAGGCAGUUAACCCACUGUUCCCCGGUAAGCAGUCAUUGUAAAUAAGACUUGCCUGGUUAAAGGUUACAUUUAAAAAAUACAAAUAAAUUCUCUAUCCCCGGUCUCAGCAUCUGUGUUUCCAUAAUACUCACUAGAAUGUGAUCCAACUCUAUUGGUUUGGGACAGUUUUACAGAGUGUCCUGGAAUGCUACUAUCAUUGAUUACAAUGAAUUAGAGUGAUGAUCGAAGGACAGCAUGUGCUUAUUGACUGCACAGAUGAUUCCACUUGUGUUUGUCCGAGGGUGUCUGCCCCCUCACCGUGUCUGCCUUGUCUUGCCUUCCAGCCGUCCCCCAUAUGUCCACGUCCUGAAGUGAGUUCUGUCCCUCCUGCAUUUCAUUUGUAAAAUAAAAUGCUAUUCUGGA